AUGGCAGAAUAUUUGGGUAAAAUUCAUGCCCUUCUUCAUGACUUUAAUGAUAUAUUACCUCCUGCUUCCACUCCUGCUGAAGAAUUGGAACAACGAUCAAAGUUCUUCAUGUUGUUGGCAUUAUACGGACUCUCUGAUGAUGUUUCUCAUGUCCGUGAUCAGAUUUUGGGUUCUCUUGUCAUACCCAACUUUACUUCUACUUGUUCUUCUCUUUUGCGUAUACCGAGCAAACCCGUCACUGAGACAUCCCCUCACACUGAUGAUUCCUCUGUUAUGGCUGCUCAACGUGAUGAUCGAAGUCGGUCUCGCAAGCCAAGUAAAGGACGUCCAAAAUGUGACCAUUGUGGCAAGUUAGGCCACAAGAUUGAUAAAUGUUAUGCUCUCCAUGGACGUCUUCCUCGACCUGUAGCAAUGGCAAAUUCUGAUCCACCUCCCCGAUCACCGUCUGCAGACCAUCCUACUUCAUCUAAUAUCGUAGACAAACCUGCAAUCUUUAACGAAUUUCUCAAAUGGUAUGAGGAUCAUCAGCACCUCUGGUUCCACUACAUCUGCAUCUGUUGCACGUACAGGUACACCUUUUGUUGGUCUAACUCACUUCCUCGGACCUUGGGUCCUUGACUCAGGCGCCACCGAUCAUAUCACUGGACCGGAGUUCGAAACACAUGAUUGACACAGGAUGUGAGUUUCAUGGCCUUUAUCAUCUCCGCCCUUCUCCACAUGUUGGCUUAGUCAUGGAGUCACCAUCCCUUCUUCAUGCUCAGUUCGGUCAUCCUAGUUUUGCCAAACUACAACAACUUGUCCCGAGGUUGUCCACAUUAUCCAGUUUGUCGUGUGAGUCUUGUCAGUUAGGGAAGCAUACUCGUAGUUUCUUUCCUCGUAGUGUCUCACAACGGGCGUCGUCCCCUUUUUCAUUGGUUCAUUCUGACAUUUGGGGACCUAGUCGUGUUAAGUCCAUUUUAGGUUUUCAGUAUUUUGUUACUUUUAUUGAUGACUAUUCCAGAUGUACUUGGUUGUUUUUAAUGAAGAAUCGUUCUGAGUUGUUUUCUA